AAUUUUCAAGUGCACCCAAAAACAAUCAUGGACAUGAUAGUCAAGUCCGUCCGUAAUCCGUACCCUGUGCCAGAUCUAUCAAGGGAGGGAUCGUGGGCCACCGGUGGUCCAAUACUGGAUCCAAAUGUUUGCCCGAAUGAAAGACGAUGGUACUCAAAGUUAAAGCCCCACGAACGGCUUUUCUCACACCACACUCUAACCAGCGCUCGAAAGAAUCAUUUUUAUAGCUGCAACAAGGUUCCAAAGGAUUAUCUGGAUUCGAUGUUAACUUCUGUUUAUUCGCACAAAGACGACUUAUUCGUACCAAAAAUGUACACCACAAUGCAGCCAGAAUCUUUGUACAAGGAAACGUGGCGAGUUUUACGAAACGAAAUUAAGGUAUACUCGAAGCCACCAGUACCUCUCGGCCACGAGAUCAAAUACGCCAACAUUGAGGCAACACUAGCAGGCGACCACCCGAAACCAGGAUGGUACUUUCACAAGCGACGAAACGUUCACCCGAGCAGUCUUCAGUUAGCCGCUGAGGGGCCGCAUACGGAUCGCACUAAUCCCGGCUUCAGCAGAAAAAUCGACGGGACGUAUUACAGCAUCUAA